UUAUUAUUUGGCUAAGUAUUGUUCACACCUAAUCCAUUCCUAUAAAAUCGAAGGCUUCAUACAUACUUCCUAUUUCCAGCGUGUAGUGGACAGGAAGACGGGGCAACCCUUACUUAUUGAACAUUGUUAUUGAAUAGAAUAAACCUAGUCGUAAGCAGUAAUUAAAACGGAUUUUUGCAGAAAUGCCGGCCUCUGCCUCGGAAUCAACUUCUCCGCCUGGGGGUGGUGACGGUAAUCUUGUGCUUUGCAUGGUAUGCGCUGCCCCCUUCCAGAGUAUGCAGGAUUGCCUUGCCCACGAGCUGCUCAAGCAUGCCAGCAAGCCCCAGAAGCAACUGCGACAGCGAUUGAACGCCAUUACCAGGAUAUUUAACAGCGCACAAAGCCAAUCCGAACGCCAUGAGCUGCGGGAGGCUCUCGAAAAGUGCGGGCACUUGCGCACCGUAUUGAAUUUCUUUGCUAUUGAUCUCGAAAAGAUGAAAACCUGCUUCGGGCACGUCCGCAACUGCAUAGAGAAGGAGAUGAAGGGCAAGGUUAGGGUGUUCCCCUUUGGUUCACUGGUUACUGGUUUAGCAUUGAAGGAGAGCGACAUCGAUUUGUUUCUGGAGCCCAACGGCAACCAGCCACCAUUGUUCCAUAAGCAGCUAUACAACAAGACCUCACACUUUUUACGAAGAUCCAAAUGCUUUACAGAUGUCUUCACCAUUCGUCAUGCCAGCGUGCCCAUCAUUAGAUGUAAGCAUCAGCUCACCGGACUCAACAUAGACAUCAAUAUGUCAAAGCCGAAUGGCACAUAUAACUCCCGAUUUGUGGGCGAACUUAUGUUACGCAAUGAGCGGAUACGCGAGCUCAGCCUGUUUCUGAAAAUCUGGGCCAAGAAGCUAAAAUUGAUUAGCCAUGGCGGCAUGACAAGCUAUUGCUUAAUAUCCUUGAUCAUCGUAAACUUGCAAGUGAAUCGAAUAGUUCCAUCCGUCAAACAGCUCCAGUCACUCUGUCCACCGGUUAUUUUGUCGGGCGUUAACUUUGCCUACAACCUGGACCUAACGCCGCCGAUUACAGAACGGCUCACCACGCUGGAUUUACUUAAAAACUUCUUCAUAUACUACAGCACUGUCAACUUUGACAAAAGUUUAUUGAGUCCGUUUCUGGGCGGCUGUGUGGACAAGGAGACAACACUGGGCAUACCGGGAGGAUUUCCCGAGUACGAUGAGCAACAGAAGCUCGUGCAGUAUGCAACAGGUGCGCCGCCAGACGCUUUCCAGCUGGAUAGAGCCAUGCUCGUACAGGAUCCCUUCGAGCUGAACCGCAACGUGGCCAAAUCUGUGUCCAUUUCAAAUUUAUUUUACUUUAGACAAUGCCUAGUCCUGGCAGCUCAAGCAUGCAGCGAUCAGGAACUAACUUCGCAACCAGAGAAGCUAUACGACUACCUAUUAUUUGGCCUGGCGGAUAAGUUAGUAGCCGACAAAUUAGUGGCAGACAAAAGAUCAGAGAAGGCUAUUCCGCGAAAGCAACAAAAAAUGGAAAACGUCGAUGGGCAACCGCCAGUCGUCGAAGAGACACAAGAAACAAAAGUCGGCGAAGUCGGGGUGUAUAGAACGCCGCCCUUAGAGCGAUCACACGUCAUCACGCCCACCACAAACGAUCUAAAAUGCCUGCGCUCCGUUGUGCUGACCAACAAAACGGAGAAUGGUGAGAGCAUAUACUAUUACUGGUUGGUCUGCUAUGUGGACACCAUUAAGGAUGUGCUAACCCAACUGUAUGCUUUGAAAGUUGAACUUAAGGAAUCGGAGGAGCCGAAACACUACAAGUGGCUAAUCAGCAUUUCUUACGACACUUGGACAGGACGCACUUUCCAGCGCGGCGCCGGUCAAUCUUUCUUCGCCCACCAGUUGCAGCAGACGAUUGAGUUUACGAAGACGAGAAUGGGAAAUCCGCAGUACGCAGUCAAUUUGCGCGGCUAUUUCUCGCUGCAGGCCAGGGAGGAUUACAAGGAGUUGCGCCUGGAUGUGCAGCCUCUUCAAGGAGAUCUCCUCGGGCUGCAGCGCAAUAGUCCGCUAACAAGGCUUUUUAAAGCGUUUAAGAAUCUCCUGGGCAACUAUAGUUUCAAAGAGAAGGCCAGCACCUGGAAGUUUUGCGCCACGUCUGACCAAAUCUGACAAUAUCACCAUGUCUAAGAUGGUUUAUUUACAUACUGUUCGAAUUCAAUGCCAAAUUGAAAACACACACUUUACAUACAUUAAUUUAUUUGAAUUUACAAUAUCACUAUAGACUAAACUAAUACCUUAAAUUAUAAGUGUAACGACUAAUCAUA